AUGAAGCGCUGGCUCAACAACAACGUCAACAUCUUCUACCAUCACUUUUGCAAGAAAAUCGACCCAAAUGACAAACGCCACGGAGGCGACCUGGUGGCCUCGGUGCUCAAGUCACACGGCGUGCAGCACGUCUUCACGCUGUCCGGCGGCCACGUGGCGCCCGUGCUGACCGGCGCCGAGAAGCUAGGCAUCAAGAUCAUCGACACGCGCCACGAGGUGACCACCGUCUUUGCCGCCGACGCCAGCGCCCGACUGUCCGGCGUGCCCGGCGUGGCAGUGGUCACCGCCGGUCCCGGCGUCACCAACACCGUCACCGCCGUCAAGAACGCCCAGAUGGCCGAGUCGCCCAUUGUGCUGUUGGGCGGUGCCGCCGCGGGCAUCCUCAAGGGCCGAGGCGCUCUGCAGGACAUUGAGCAACUGUCGAUCUUCAAGACGAUCACCAAGAAGCAGUUCAUCAUCGAGAAGGUGCGCGACAUUGUGCCGAUGAUGAAGGAGGCCUUUCAGACGGCGCAGAGCGGCACCCCUGGCCCGGUCUACGUUGAGCUGCCCAUCGACAUUCUCUACCCGUACGCGAUCAUCAGCAAGGAGUUCAUCUCUUCGACGGGCGGCAAGAGCCUGCAGGGAAAACUGGUUGACUGGUACCUGAACAACUACCUGCAGAACCUUUUUGCAGGCGCCUUCGACGAUGAACACCCCGACCUGUCGCCGCUGCCCGUGGACAUUCCCUAUCCCUCAGAGGCGGACAUUGGCAAGGCGAUUGAGCUGCUGACGCAGGCGAAGAAGCCGCUGGUCAUUCUGGGCUCGCAGUCAGUGCUGCCUCCAGUGGGGGCUAAUGCGCUCCGAAAGGCUGUUGAGGACCUGGGCAUUCCAGUCUAUCUCGGCGGCAUGUCCCGCGGCUUGCUCGGUCGCAAUUCGCCCAUCAACAUGCGCCAGGCUCGUCGUGAGGCGCUGCGCGACGCCGAUCUGGUCAUUCUAGGCGGCUCAGUAGCCGACUUCCGUCUCUCCUACGGGCGCGUCUUCUCGAAGAAGUCCAAAAUCAUCGCCAUCAACCGCAGUCGCGAGCAGCUGUACAAGAACGCCGGCGUCUUCUGGCAGCCUUCAGUGGCCGUGCAAGGCGACCCGGCCAAGUUCUUCGUAGAGGUGGCCAACAAACUGAAGGGCACCUUCAAGGUGGACGCCGACUGGGUGAAGACGCUGCGCGAUCGAGACACCGAGAAGGAGAGCAAGGCAACGCAGAUGGCCAACCAGCCCACCGACCGGCACCUGAAUCCCCUAAAGGUUCUGCAAACACUGGAGAACACGAUGGACGAUAAUACGAUUCUGGUGGCGGACGGUGGCGACUUUGUCGGCUCUGCCGCCUACAUUCUCCGCCCACGAGGGCCGCUCUCCUGGCUCGACCCGGGCGCAUUCGGCACGCUGGGCGUGGGCGCCGGCUUUGCGCUGGGCGCCAAGCUGUGCCGUCCUGACGCCGACGUGAUCGUCGUCUUUGGCGACGGCUCGCUGGGCUACUCGCUGGCAGAGUUUGACACCAUGGUCCGCCACAAGCUGCCCGUCAUGGCGGUGGUCGGCAAUGACGCCUGCUGGACGCAGAUUGCCCGAGAGCAGCUGCCCAUGCUCGGCUCCGAUGUCUCCUGUCGCCUCGCCUUCACCAACUACGACAAGGCCGCUGAGGGACUGGGCGCAGCGGGCAUCAAGUUGACGGCCACGGAGAAUGACACACUGAAGGAGAAGUUUGAAGAGGCAAAAAGUCGCGUUCGCGGCGGACAGCCCGUUCUGAUCAAUGUGCUCAUUGGCAAAUCCAAGUUCCGUGAGGGCUCAAUUUCGGUGUAA